UUUUAUACUAUGAAGAUUUUGCAGCUUCGAUGUUUGUAGAAAUUAUUGUGCCUAGAAAAAUUUUGAUAUCUCGCUAUUUAGCGUAAGUUGAAUAUAAUCAACUAUGGAGAUGGAUUACGAAGACCCUCUUGACUUUGCUCAGAGGCCAAAAAGAAUGCGAUUAGAUUCACAACGCUCGUACGAAGGUGUCUUACCGAGCCCCAAAGGUCUUGAGCUCGACGGAGUCCUGGACGUUCUCAGAAAGUAUGAAGAGUACGAAGGAGGUAUAAAUUGCAGUGUUUGUGGUAAGCUGUAUAAGAGCAAGGUCUGUUUUACAAAGCACAUAUGGGAACAUAGCAUAUAUUGGGACCUGUUCGAAGGGGAGAAAAAUCAUGACCGAGUUCUUGGGAUUCAGGCUGCAUUGAUCCUUUACAGCGGCUACCAUGGUUACAAAAUGGAUGAAAACAAUAUGUUAUCGUAUCUGUUGGUAACAGGUCCUCACGAGAAAAAGAAAGACUGCUCUCAAGACAAUAAAACCAAAAUAGUCAAUGUUAAAGUGAAAAAAUCAAAGGUCUCUACUACUCCAUUGAAAAGGAAAAGGCGAAAUAGUGCAACAAUAGUCAGUGGGUCAGAUAGCGAUUAGACUAAGAACUGUGUAAAAACGCACAAUAUUGCCAAAUGGUAAAAACUUAUAUCUGCAAUAGAUUGACAUACUAUUAUAUCCUGUGGAUAAAAGCGGGUAUGCUAACUGGACUGGAUCAAAGAGUGUAGUUAGGAUAUCAGAAACAGAGACUAAUUGUUAAGUGUACUACUUUUCAUAAGUGUACACAUUAUUUUGUACAUUUAUUGUACAGCUGAAGAGAGACAUAGGAACAUGUUGACCAAGUCACAUGUAUGUGCAGUAUGUUGUAUGUAACUUUAACUAUGUGGUCAGCCACAUAGCUCAGAUGGACAAGAACUCUAUAUCUAUAUGUAUUUAUAUAUACAUAUGGAACACUAUAGAACACUCCGCCGAGUACAGAAUUGUCUUCAGUCAAUAUGAAAGAGAUGUAAUGUGACGCCAUGGACACAACUUUACUGGGCUACACAGAGCAAGUGGCAAACAUAAUUGACAGUGAAAACGAAUAUGAAAAACA